UUUGUUGACAUUGACGCAUAAUGAAUCCACGUGCAUUUGUUUAUUUGAGAAAACCUCUUCUCACAGGUUCAUGUCUGGGUAGGACGCAAGGAUUUGGAUGCAGAUGGUUUAUUAGUCGUGUUAAACAUAAACAGGUGCGAUAUUUUCAUCGCAAUGACGUGUGUUGUCAAAAGAAAGGGUCAGGAAACCAGGCGAACGAUUACGUGUUUCCAUUCAAAAACGAAACGAGAAGAAAAGGCUUAUUGAUUUCAACGUAUGGUUCUAUUGCGUUUGGAAUUUGUAUCCUAGGAGUUAUUUUUUAUAGUAAAGUCAUUAAAACUGGCCUAAGGCGACGUGAUGGUUUUAUUGACAUCACAGAUGAAAACUGCAGUAAAUCUAACAUGGUUUUAUUCAAUGAUACAGUUUUACCAAACUUUGUGGAAAAGAAAAUGAAAGGCAUUUCAAAAUUUAAAGUUCGAGAGAGCGACGUAUGGGUUGUAGGUUUUCCAAGGUCAGGUAUGACAUGGGUGCAGGAAAUCAUAUACCUGGUGCAGACUUUGGAUUUUGAAGGAAGUCGUCAAAUUGAUAGUCAUGAGAGAAUACCGUACCUAGAAUUCCCAACCCCUUCUCUACAAGAGCUUUCUGAAAGGCCCUCCCCCAGGAUCUUAAAAACACACCUCCCUCUCAAAUUGUUACCAGAGGAAAUACAUUCAAAACAACCAAAGAUUGUUUAUGUUGCAAGAAACCCCAAGGAUGUGGUGGUCUCCUACUUUUAUCUAGUGACAUCAUUACAUGCCUUAACCAGAUACCGUGGGAAGCUAGCAGAUUUCGUGGACUCAUUUCUUAAAGAUAGAGUUCCUUACAGUCCUUGGUCUAGACAUGUACUGGAGUUCUGGGAAAUAAAAGAUCAACCCAAUGUUCUUUUCCUGACAUAUGAAGACAUGAAGAUGGAUUUGGAGCAGAGCAUCAAGAAGGUAGCCCAGUUCCUACAGCGAGACCUAUCAAGGGAGGAUAUACAAAGGAUUGCCAAACACUGCAGCUUUGAUGAAAUGAAGAAGAACCCUGCUGUUAACCAUCAAUGGCUUACUGAUUUAAAAUUCAGAAAUCCGACCGGUGCAGAGUUCCUCAGAGAAGGAAGAAUUGGUGACUGGCAGAACUAUUUGUCAAAAGAACAGGACGAGAGAUUGAAUGUGAAAAUAGCCCUCAAACUUCGACAGACUGGGCUGUUCUUCCAGUACACUGACCCGGACCCAUGACAGCUGUAGACUUGUAUAGGAUCUAUGAAUCUUGAGUUACAUAUGAUUAUGGUUUAGAGUACCAUUUAUUAGUGGAAAUACAUGUAGGAAAAAAGUCACAGAGAGAGUAGGAAAUGUAAAGCUUUUUAUUAGACAAAACGUGUUUUUUUUUCUUAUAUGUACAUUUAUUUGUGACAAACAAAUCUGCUGUCGUU